GCUGGUUUCCCUUACCGUUGGGAAAGCGCAGGAGAAAAGAGGCUUUCAAAAGGCAGAGCACCAUCAACACCUUCGCGACAGGAUUACAAGUUUCUAAAUUCCCAAAGGUCCGGGCUGAUAGACGAGAGGAGCAACUUUCAGAGCUGCUCGUUGAAUGAGUUGAAACGUUUUCGCCAGAAAGACGUUUAGCUAAGGAGCCAUGGAGCCUGCAAAGGGAAGAGCUCAGCGGACAAGGCAAGUGCUGCUUUUCUUUGUUUUCCUGGGAGGGUCUUUGGUGUGUUCUAAGACCUGGAGCUAUUCCAUAGCAGAGGAAAUGGAGGUCGGCACAUUUAUAGCCAACGUGGUGAAAGACAUGGGUGUGGAUGUGGAAGACCUGGCUGCACGGGGGGCCAGAGUCAUCUUUGACGACUAUAAACCUUAUUUGCGGUUGGAUCUACGGAAUGGCGACUUGCUCUUAAAUGAGCAGCUGGACCGGGAAGCACUUUGCGAUCUCACAGAGCGAUGUGUAUUGCAUUUCCAGGUGUUAUUCGAAAAUCCCUUGCAAUUUUCUCGGGCUGAGCUUUUGGUGAAAGACAUAAAUGAUCAUACUCCCACGUUCCUAGACAAUCACAUACUUCUAAAAAUCUCUGAAGGUACUGCUCCAGGAACCUUAUUCCAAAUAGACAGUGCACAGGACUUGGAUGUGGGAAAGAAUGGUGUUCAAAACUAUACAAUAAGCCCCAAUCCCCAUUUCCAAAUUAAAUUACGAGACAGUGAUGAGGGCAGAAAAUACCCAGAGUUGGUACUGAACCAAUCCCUGGAUCGAGAAAAGGAGGCUGAGUUUAAUUUAACGUUAACAGCCGUAGAUGGUGGGUCUCCGCCCAGGUCUGGGACUACACUGAUUCACGUUGUGGUCCUGGACAUCAAUGACAAUGCCCCCGAAUUUGAGAAGCCAGUCUAUGAGGUUCAUGUACCUGAGAGCAGCCCUCUGGACUCCUUGAUGAUCAAGGUAUCUGCUACAGAUUUAGAUGCAGGAAUAAAUGGAGAACUGUCUUACUCAUUUUCCCACGUCUCAAGAGAUGUACGGAAAACAUUUGAAAUCCACCCAAUUUCUGGCGAAGUCUAUUUAAAAGCACCUCUAGAUUUCGAGAUUAUUCAAUCUUAUAUCAUAAACAUUCAGGCCAUUGACGGUGGGGGCCUUUUCGGAAAAGCAAGCAUUUUAGUUCAGGUUGUAGAUAUGAAUGACAACCCGCCAGAAAUAGCCAUGACAUCUCUUACUAGCCCCAUACCGGAAAACUCUUCGCCUGAGAUGGUGGUCGCUGUUUUCAGCAUACGAGACCAAGACGCUGGAGACAAUGGGAGAAUGGUUUGCUCAAUUCAGGACAACAUCCCUUUUCUCUUGAAGCCUACCUUCAAGAAUUUUUACGCUCUGGUAACAGAGCGCCCACUGGACAGAGAGAUCAGAAAUGAAUAUAACAUCACCAUCACCGUGACCGACUUGGGGACACCCAGGUUGAAAACCGAGUACAACAUAACCGUGCUGAUCUCCGACGUCAACGACAACACCCCCGCCUUCACACAAACCUCCUACACCCUGUUCGUCCGCGAGAACAACAGCCCCGCCCUGCACAUCGGCAGCGUCAGCGCCACAGACAGAGACUCAGGCAGCAACGCCCAGGUCACCUACUCGCUGCUGCCGCCCCAGGACCCGCACCUGCCCCUCGCCUCCCUGGUCUCCAUCAACGCGGACAACGGACACCUGUUCGCCCUCCGGGCGCUGGACUACGAGGCCCUGCAGGCGUUCGAGUUCCGCGUGGGCGCCACAGACCGCGGCUCCCCGGCGCUGAGCAGCGAGGCGCUGGUGCGCGUGCUGGUGCUGGACGCCAACGACAACUCGCCCUUCGUGCUGUACCCGCUGCAGAACGGCUCCGCGCCCUGCACCGAGCUGGUGCCCCGGGCGGCCGAGCCGGGCUACCUGGUGACCAAGAUGGUGGCGGUGGACGGCGACUCAGGCCAGAACGCCUGGCUGUCGUUCCAGCUGCUCAAGGCCACGGAGCCCGGGCUGUUCGGCGUGUGGGCGCACAAUGGCGAGGUGCGCACCGCCAGGCUGCUGAGCGAGCGCGACGCGGCCAAGCACAGGCUGGUGGUGCUGGUCAAGGACAAUGGCGAGCCCCCGCGCUCGGCCACCGCCACGCUGCACGUGCUCCUGGUGGACGGCUUCUCCCAGCCCUACCUGCCGCUCCCGGAGGCGGCCCCGGCCCAGGCCCAGGCCGACUCGCUCACCGUCUACCUGGUGGUGGCGUUGGCCUCGGUGUCGUCGCUCUUCCUGUUCUCGGUGCUCCUGUUCGUGGCGGUGCGGCUGUGCAGGAGGAGCAGGGCGGCGUCGGUGGGUCGCUGCCCGGUGCCCGAGGGCCCUUUUGCGGGGCAUCUAGUGGACGUGAGCGGCACCGGGACCCUGUCCCAGAGCUACCAGUAUGAGGUGUGCCUGGCAGGAGGUUCCGGGACAGAUGAGUUCAAGUUUCUGAAGCCGAUAAUUCCCAAUCUAGUGCCCCGGGGAGGCCAAAUGGAGAAAGCCUCACCUUUCUGAAUGGCAUAGAAUUCAAUUAGGGAUCUGAUUAUGAUGCAGAACUUUUAGAAUGAGUGUAUUUCUUUGACAUCUUAUUCAUUGUUACGUAGUUUUUUUUGGGUAACUUCAUUUUACUCAAGAGUUUUCACUAAAAAAUUUAAGUAUUUUUUGUUGUUUUUAUUAACUGUGAAAAAAUUGAGAGAGCUGGAAUUUGCUUAUUCUUUGUUCCCAAAUGCAACCUCAAAUAAUAUAUUCACAUAAUUCACUUACACAUUAUUUUUCCUUCAAGUUUAAUUGCACAUUGGGCUCAUUCAUAUUUCUAGGUGUUCUGACUGUGGAUCCUGUAACCCAAACAGUUUUUAUAUGAUUGAGAAUAUUAUUACAGACAUGAUAUGAAUCAAAACAUAAUUGCUUGUUAUCUGGUUAGGUCGGUUUUUAAAAAUGUUACCUAGUUUAAGUUUCUCUUUUUCAAAAAAUCUUUAAUCUUUACAUUCUACUUUUCUGGCAAACAUUGCAGAAAAUUUUUCCUGUACUUAGGGUUUUUUCCCCCAUAUAUAUAUAUUUCCCCCAU